AUGUCCUUGACCACGGCACUGCGACCCGUCGCGCUCCCAUUUGGUGCGGGCCAAAGGCGGGAUCACUCUUCUACAGACAACACCCAAGGCCGACCUUUCCAUCAUGAAGUUAGCUACCUCAACCUCCAUCGCACCCUCACCCGGUACCAAGAGUUGAUCCUCCUGACGCCAUCUCCUUCCGACACCAACCAUACCGCCGAGUUGACCCCGCUGCAAAAGCAGGUCCAGGCCGAAUUGUGGUCUCCGUUGCCGUACCACCGCACGAAAUGGCUGCGCAACGUCGAGGGCGCUCGCACACUACUUCUACACCUGGAGCGAAAGGCACAGACUAUCCGCGUACAGCGGGCUAAAUAUGAGGCUAUCAAGGAUCUGGCCGAGAAGAGAACAAUCAUCAAGAGACUGAGGGACCGGAUCGAGGACAUCGCGAGGGAGGUUGAGAUGAUGGGGCCGGAGGAGUGGAAGCCGCCCAUUGUCGACGACGGAGGGGAAACCAUUUAUGACUUUUUGCAGACGCAGGUGCAGUCCCAUGUGACUGAGGACUCAGCGAAGAAGAGCACGCAUGACGCUCCACUACUAGAAGGGAAACCCGUCAAAAGCAUGCAGGAGGAGGAACAUCCCGCAGAGGCCAUAGAAAAGAAUCAAGAUACGAGGGAAGAAUUGUUCGGGGCUUCGAGUCUGCGGCGACGAGGCAAAGGACAAGGCGACACGAACAAAGCUGAUGCGCAGGCCAGCGGUGUCUCGAAUUUUGCUGGGACAGAGCGAUCACUCUUGGAUUCUUCGCGUGUGCACGAAGACAUUACAGCGUCUCUGGUGAAAAUGGCAGCCCAGCUAAAACAGGAACAGAGGAAGCUUCAGUUCUCUCUGGAACAAGACAAGGGCAUCUUGGGUCGGGCGAUCGAAGGACUAGAUGUCAGCCUGAGCGGGAUGGAGGCGGCGAGCAAGAACAUGGCAUUCCUGAAACGCAUGAGCGAAGAAGAGGGAUGGUUUGGACGACUGAAGCUGUACGGUAUGAUCUUCGCCAUGUGGGUGGUUGCAUUUCUGCUGGUGUUUGUGUGUCCCAAGUUGAGAUUUGGGUGA